AUGCCCCAACAAGCACCGCCUAUAGAUGCCAGACCCUUCCUCAGCAGCUCGCAGAAGCGCGAGCUUGCCUCCAUUCCCGAGCCAUAUCGCCGGGUCGGGGCGUGGCUGAUACUCAUUCGCGACGACCGCAGCGGCGAGUGGGAGGAACGCAACACGAAGUGCAUUGAGUGCACGGGACAGCGCGUGCCCUGUAUCGAUCGAGUCGACCCCGGAACAAAACGACGUCGAUGUGAAAGUUGUUUCCUUGGCGACAUGAAAUGCUCACCCGGAUAUGAACUGCAGAACCCGGAUGCUGAAGGAACACCUGCCACCGGCUCGACUCGGACGAAGAAACGCAAGCAUGAGAAGGAGGAUCGUGAUACGAAGGUCCGGAAAUCAGUCAAGCAAGCCCAAACCUCCAGGAGAAGCCCGAGCACUUCUUCUGCUGGUACGAUGUCAUCUGAAUCAAUAAUCGACCUGACGGCCGACGAGGUCCGCGUCAUCAACCGUGUCGGCGAAGCGAAGCCUCAACCCGCCGGGCGUGAAACCAGUCUUAUCCGCCAACACGCCAGGGAUGCAGAGUCAACAUUUGACGGCAGUGAUUCGGCUGGGGAGGAGAGCAGCGGCAGUGGAAGCGAAAGCGAAGGGGAUCCUCCUCAGCUACGAAUGCCUCGUCAACGUCUCAGCCCGGAGGAGCGUGGCAAGCAGGCUGCCCCGCCUUUCAAUCCCCCUCAGAUGAAUCGAACCCGAUCCAUCAGGGCGCCGCCUCAAGCCCGCUCGGCAUAUCCUCCACGUGUAGGGAGUCUGAACAUGGAGGAGAGCGCCGCCAAUACGUCUGCCGGAAGCGUGCUGCCCGCGCCAGCGGCUUCUAGCUCUUCCUCAGUGCGGCUGCGUUUUUACCGCAACGACAGAAUCAAAUCCCUCCUGUAUAAGGCGAGGCAGACCAUGCGCCCCAGAAUUGCCGUCAUCGUCGAUAUGAGGGAGGGAACGUUCAGCAAGAAGAAGAUAAAGCCCUACGACUUCACGAUUGCAGUCGCCACUCCGGCGAAUGCGCGGACGUCAACCUGGACGGUUACUGUGAUCGACAACAGGAAGAGGCUUGGCCGUGUCUUGUUCAACGCCAGCGGGCCGGGAGACGUUGCACAAGCCAACAACGAAGAAAGGGAGCUCUACGUCAAGUUCGCCCUCGAGAAGGCUUUCGAGACAUUCUCGGGCCUGAUAACAUUGGAAGCACUGCGCUAUCCGUGUCUGAAAGAUCUUGCUGGAGGGAGCUUCUAUGCGGCCACUUUGGCCGUCGCCUGUGUCCGCAACCUUCCCAGUCUUCCUGAUCGUGACUUUGUGAUCAACGAGGACAGGGCUCUCGUGGAGCACAGCCUUCUUCUGGAUAACGUUCGGAAUCCGCCCCCGUCGACCACAUUCGGAUCGGCCUCACAGGUCGUCGCUCGCAUCUCGAGGCAAGACGGCCAGUUCCGGUGGGCAUGA